AUACACCGGAAAUGACGCACCAUCGCACAGAUUCUCCCAGGAAGUGAACUUCAGACUCCGUGCGAAACGUUUUGCUUCGCUUCAACUUCUCGCGCAACUAUUCUUCACUUCUACUCUUGAAUAUCAGCCCGUUUGUAAGUUCCUUUUGUAUGUUUGAUGCCUUUCACAGCAGAGAAAGUCUGAGGUGAAUAGUAGAAACGUUAUGUAAAGUUUACCGGAGAUAUAACGGUCCCUUCAAGCUCAAGCUUGGUUUGCUCCCAGCAAAGCAAACAAAUUUCUUACUAGUCCUUUAAAAAAGACUUAUUUUGGUGACGUGGAGAAUUCCAACAACACAGCAGAUUGGAUUUACUCUAUCCUGGGCCACAGAGUGCUAGGCUGUUGUCGGUGACUUCUGUUGUUUAGCCCGGGGCCACGCCAACUGUACCAGCCGGCGUGUGGUGAAGAGGACCCGCUGUCUUUGUUCUCGAUGUUCUCUGAAGACGGAUCCGGGCUCAUGCCGGCCAGAAGACUCCUUUUGAUUGGACUGGUGGCGGGAUUUGCGCUGUUUGUGUCCUUUGCCGUGUACGUGUACCAGGGAGAACUCACGACGCAGUUGUGGAAGCCUGCGCUGGAUGCUGCAUUAGAAAAAGUCCACUUGAGAAGGCUCUCCAACCAGAAUAGUAGCUCUACUUCAGAAGAUGAUUCCCCCCAUCCCAUGCCAUUUAAUGUCACUGAUCCUCUCAGCGGCUAUGUCAAUGUCAUUAAAGAUAGAGAGCCCUUGAAAAUGCAUUGCAAUGUCUGUGCCAUGGUAUCCAGUUCAGGACAGGUGCUGAAUCACGAAGCAGGGGCGGAAAUCGACAAAGCUGAGUGCGUCAUACGUAUGAACGAUGCUCCCGUUACGGGAUUCGAGAAGCACGUUGGAACGAGGACUACCAUUCGUGUAGCAUCGCACACUAGCUUCCAGUUUGUAAACAAGAAGAAAGCAGACCUCCUUGUAAAAAACAAGGGUUUAACGUUGGUAGCAUGGGGACCAGACCAUAGCAUGAAAACAGAUGGGAAGGGGAGGAUAUUCAAUGGUUUAUCCAAGUUAGCAAAGGAACUUGGGGACGAUAUCGAUGUGUACAUGCUGACUCCACAGAGGAUGGCGUAUGCUGACAAAGUGUUUGAGAAGGAAACAGGGAAACCAAGGCAGUCCUCCGGGUCGUUUCUCAGUACGGGAUGGUUCACCAUGAUCCUGGCUACAGAGAUGUGUGAUCAGAUCAAGGUCUACGGCAUGAUCAGUGAUGAGUACUGCAAAGCACCCAAUGCCAAGCCUGUUUUGUACCACUACUACGGUACCAGUAAGCUACAAGAGUGCCACAUGUACAGAGCUAUGGAGAAACAGAAGAAGGGGGGACAUCGCUUCAUCACGGAGAAGAAGGUCUUCGAAAGAUGGACAAAAAAACAUGAGAUCACAUUCCACUCCCCCACAUGGGAACCUAAAGUGUGAUUAAGGUAGCGCUUCAGCAAUUCAGUAAUUCUUAUCUCUAGAAAAAUGGCUUUUUAUUUACUUAAUGGUAGAUUUUGAUGGUCGAUAGGCACAAGGUGAAUUUUAGAUGCACAAUAUUGGAAUAUUUCACUCUAGUGCCAUUUAUUGACUUAUAGGCAGGUUUUCACUUGAUGUUAAACAGCCUAGAUUUGCAAUGAAUUUUAGAUCUAUUUUUCACAGGAAAAUGGCAAAAUCAAUGACAAUGUCUAAUAAUUAUGGUAAAUAUAAAAAUCUACAUGUUGUUUCUUCUUUUGAUAAAGAUUAUGUAAUGCUAAAAAUGUAGGAAUAACGAGCUUUUUUGUUAUGAAAUCUGUACCAAUGACUACCAGAAACCAACUUUACAAAUCAUGUUCUUUUAGUUUCUUAGAAUAUCAGGAACCAUGUACAAUGUAUUGUUCUAAUUAUUUCCAAGUUAUAGUGUAUAAAGUUUAAUAUGAGACCUGACAGCCAUAAAAAGUAUAUUGAUAGCAGUGAUAUUAGAGGUAUGUAUGUCUGAUUUUAGGUUGAUGAGUUUAAGUUAAAGAUGGAAAGAAUUCAUGUAGGUAUUUGCACCGUAUGUUAUCAGGUCCCACUAAUAAGCAAGCUUGAACAUGACUUGAUGAUGAAAACAACUAAUUUUAACAAUUAAGUCAAUUGUAACAAGCUUUCUCAUUUGCUGGAAUGUUCUUCAAGCACAAGAAAGUUUUAGAAUAGCUAAGUAAAUUUCACACAAGAAAUGCUCUUUAUUUGGCAAGAACAGAGAUAGAACAGAGGAAGUGCUGACCAAUAAUUAUAACCCUUUGGUGAUACAAGUUUCAUGUUGUUGCACUGAUCCCAGUUUUAAUGGUCGUUGACUAUCAGUUGAACUAACAGAUUUAGAAUGUUUUUAGCAUCUUUUUGCUUUAUUUUGGUAUCAGUUUGCAAUCUACUAUAAUUUGUUUCAGUUUUAGGGCUUUAGACUGUGUUGCUUUAUAGG